AUGUCAGUACAACACAAGAUUCUGCGCACGGCGAACGCCCCUUCGACCGCACCCGAUGAGACCGAGACCAGCGUCGCGCAGGCGUUGAUUGACCUCGAAAACAACGUCCCGGAGCUCAAGGCUGAACUCCGGCCCCUUCAGAUCUCUGCUGCCCGUGAAGUUGACGUUCGCGGCGGCAAGAAAGCCAUCGUCGUCUUCGUCCCCGUGCCUCAGCUCAAGGCUUUCCACAAGGUCCAGCAGAGGCUUACCCGCGAGCUGGAGAAGAAGUUCUCGGAUCGUCACGUCGUAUUUGUUGCCCAGCGCCGGAUGCUGCGCAAGCCGACUCGCACCUCGCGCGUCAAGCAGAAGAGGCCUCGCAGCCGCACCCUCACCAAUGUCCACGAGAAGAUCCUCGAGGAUCUUGUCUUCCCCACGGAGAUUGUUGGAAAGCGGACCCGGGUUGCGGUCGACGGAUCAAAAUUGUUGAAAGUGUUCCUGGACUCAAAGGACUCCACAUCCCUUGAGUACAAGCUCGAUUCCUUUUCGUCUGUAUACCGCCGUCUGACAGGGAAGGACGUCGUGUUUGAGUUCCCGGUGCAGCAGGCACAGGAGUAG